UCCCACCUCGCUCCUCGUCCAUCACGUCUCUCCGCUCGUUCAGCGUCUGCGUCAUCACCGAUCUCUACGCACGCACAGCUGCUCUUCAGCGCUUCCUGCUCUUCUCCCUGGCGCACGAGGGCCAGCGAAGCGCCGCGGCACCAGCGUGCCUGCUCUCCCGGACGCAGUCGCAGCCUCCGCCGCUGCCGCAGAGCCGCAGCCAUGGUGUACUACAAGUCCUGGGCAGAGUUUCACAGCGCAGCAACGGCGCUGUACGCUGCACAGCCGGAGCGGACUCGGUACCUGAUCAAAGCGCAUCCGAGCACACAAAGCCUAGUGCUCAAGCUCACUGACGAUGUUCAGACGAUCAAGUACCGCACGCGCUCAGCCAUCAUCCUCAAUCGCUUCCAGGCGCUCAACGCCGAACUGACAGCAGCCAUGGCGGGCGCUCCGCCGCCUGCGCCCGCGGCUGUAGCGGCCGAGGACGCUCCCGCCGCGGCUGCUGCGGCUGCGCCGAAGGCAGAGGAGGGAGCAGGGGCAGCGGGACAACAAGCACCAGGAGCGGCGGCGGGGAAGAAGAAGAAGAAGAAGGGCAAAAAGUGAGACGCUGCUCGUCGGCUGGGAGAGGAGAAGGGGUGAAGAGAGAUGCAUGCACAAGCAACGAAGCUAGAGUCACAAUCC